GUGCACAGCGUACGCGCGCCACCUGGAGGACAGGUGCACACAUGAACGCGCCUCUGUCAACUCAAGGCGUUGAGAGAUGAGGGAAGUCAGACAGCUGUAGCUUUAGUCAUAAUCUUGUCAUAAUGACAACUCUUUCUGUCACAUAGACCUGUCAGAAAGCACAGUAAUACUACACAGAGAGUGUGUUUAUUUCGUCUUGUAGUGUUUUGCUGUGUGGGUGAAGAUGGCGCAAGCGUUGUCUGAAGAGGAGUUUCAUCGCAUGCAGGCUCAGCUCUUGGAGUUGAGAACGCAGAACUACCAGUUAUCUGAUGAGCUGCGGAAAAAUACAGCAGAGCUGAACAGUGUUCGUCAGAAGAUCUCAACCUUGGAGAAAGACUAUGUGAAAGCACAGAAGGCUUUGAACAAAAGCAAGAAAGCACAGGAGGUAGAUGCCUUACUCAGUGAGAACAAGAUGCUUCAGGGGAAGUUACACAGUCAGGAAGAUGAUUUUCGAUUGCAGAACAGCACCCUUAUGCAAGAGCUGUCCAAGUUAUGUUCCCAGAUUGAACAGUUAGAGGUAGAGAAUCAAGGGUUGAGGGAGGGUCAAGGUUUGGAAAGACCCGCCUCCAGCCCCACCUCUGCUGAGCUCCUGCGGCUCCAGGCUGAAAACUCCGCCCUGCAGAAGACAUUGACAGCUAUUCAAGAACGCAAAGAUGUCCUCAUCGAUGGAGAGGCUGACACUAAUGGAGUCCAGUCAGAGGCCAGCGGUCACAGUGAAGACACUGCUGUCCCAGGCAGUAAUGAAGUAGACCAGGCCGAAGUGCAGGAUGUGAAACAAGAACGAGAUAAUGAUCGUAGCGAUGUGAAGUUGAAGCUCCAAACAGUGAUGGAGGAGAAAUGCUUAUUGAGAGAGCAACUGCAGUCACUGGAGACAUCCAAGCAGACAGAAAUUGUAAAACUUCAAGAAGAAAAUGCUAAGUUAUCUGACAAACUAAAGAAAAAACAAGAGAGCUUUCAGCGGCUACAGGUUGAGAAAGAAGCACUUUACAAUGACAGCAGGACUAAAAUUGAUGAGAUCCAGCAGAGGAAAGAGGAGGAGCUGAAAUCCAUAAACCUACGUGUGCAGAAAGUUCAAGCCGAUUUAAUGGCCGCCAACCAGAAUGUGGCUGAGCUGAAGGAACAGUUGCAGAGUAAACAGAAAGAGCAUGAGAUGGCCAUCCACGCGCUCAAAGAUCAGGUAGCAUGUCAAAGUGCUGUCAGUCAGGAGCAGGUGGAGGGUAUGCUGAGUGAGAACGAUGCUCUCAGGACAAAUCUUGCAGCUCUAGAACAGAUACAAACUGUGAAGACUCAGGAACUGAAUUUGCUGAGAGAGCAAAACAUGGCACUUAACAGCGAGCUUCAGCAGAGACGGGGUGAUCAGGAGAGCUUUCUGGCACAAAGAGAUGAUCUGAACUCUCAGCUACAGGAGUCAAACCGAGCAAACAGUCGACUACUGGAGCAACUCACUGAAGUGGGACUAGAUAAAGACAAAUUACAGCAGGAGUUAGAAGAGGCCAGAAAGACUGCAGAUAAGCGUAAGGUCAUGCUUGAUGAACUGGCCAUCGAGACGGCACAGGUGAAGUCUCGGCACAAAGAGGAGCUCGGCGACGUGCGUCUGCAGCAUGAGAAAGAGGUGCUGAGCAUCAGAGCGCGCUAUGAGAAGGAACUCCGAGGCCUCCACGAGGAGAAGAACCGCACGGAAGAGGAGAUCCGAUCACAGCUGCGAGAUGAGAAGGCACGCAACAAAGAGCUGGAGGGCCUUCAGCCGUACGUAGAGGAACUAAAAGCUCAGGUUCAGUCGAUGGAGGGAACGAAGGGCUGGUUCGAACGCAGGCUCAAGGAAGCAGAGGAGACUAUGGAAAAUAAAGUUCUGGAGCAUUCAGAAGAGAUCCAGAGACUGCAGCGAGAACACACAGUUCAGCUGGAGGCUAAAGCUGCAGAGGUGGAUGCUGUCAAACAGCAAGUGACAGAGCUGGAGAAGGAGAGAGAAGAUCUCAACAACACAAUCGGCAAACUGAAACAGGAAAUCAAAGAUGUAGUGGAUGGACAGAGAAUCCUGGAGAAAAAAGGCAGUUCAGCGCUGAAAGACUUAAAAAGACAACUUCAUUUGGAGAGAAAACGAGCAGAUAAACUUCAAGAGCGUCUGCAGGAGAUCCUAACCAACACUAAGACUCGUACAGGUCUGGAGGAGUUGGUGUUGUCAGAAAUCAGUUCCCCGAGCCGUACGCAGCAGACCGGUGACAGCAGCAGCAUUUCUUCUUUCAGCUAUAGGGAGAUCAUGAAAGAUGGAGCGUCCGCACCCAGCACCAAUAAGUCCAAUACCAGCAGUCCUCAAUCACAGCGACCGGCUGACCUUUCAGACGAUGAGGUUAGCGAGCUCUUCCAGAGACUUGCCGAGGUCCAGCAGGAGAAAUGGAUGCUGGAGGAGAAGGUCAAACACUUGGAGGUCAGCUGUGCCUCAAUGGCCGAUGACAUCUGUAAAAAGAGCGCCAUCAUCGAGACGUACGUCAUGGACAGCCGAAGAGAUGGAGGUGGAGUGGCUCAUGGACAUGGUGCUCAAGGAGAACGUGGAGGUUUGAGCUCUGUGUUUAGGGAUCUGGUGAAACCUGGAGAUGAGAACCUGCGUGAGAUGAACAAAAAACUGCAGAACAUGCUAGAAGAGCAGCUGACCAAGAACAUGCACCUUCAGAAGGAUCUGGAGGUUUUGUCUCAGGAGAUCGUUCGUCUGAGUAAAGACGGCACUUCUGAGGAAAGCUCCAAAGCCACGGGCUAAAGCCGUACGCCCGAUGAUUCAGUACCCUUCUGUUUCUCUAUCUCUCUCUCUCUCAUCUCUUCACGGCUACCAGGAGGGAAGUUACGUCCAUCUCUUGCAAGAUUUGACCUCCGGCUGGAAUCUCAGAUGUUUAGGAGCACAGAGGGUCACAACAGAUCGUGUUCAUCUGUGAUUUACAUGCUACUGAAUGUAAUGUAACACUUCAUAUGUUUGUCUGUGACUGGAAAGAACUGGUGACACGGGGUCGGCGUACCGUCCUCUGCUGCUUGAUACGUGUUAAUGGGUCUGUGGCGUCGUCUCUGUGGUCCGGACGGACCGCUAGCGGCUUCUAAACCUACCACUAAUGUCCCGGUUCUGGAGAUUACACAGUGUGUAACAGUUCGACGUCCGCUUUCUUAAACUGCUGUCACUGUUGUGUAUAUUUGUUUUUGCUGAAAAAGAUUAUUUUGUGUGUGGGCAUAGAUUUGAUCAUCAGAAUUGUAUUUAUUUGUGCCAGAGGAUCCAGCUAGCGUAUGUCUACAGAAAGCUGCCGCAGUGCGUGAUGUUUCUCAAGUUCUGCGGACUUUAUUAGUAUAUCAACACAUUCAGAAAGUUUUUUGGCUGUGAUAAUUACCAGAGCAAUUUGUGGCUCUCAAAAUGUUCCUGCGAAAGAAAACGACUCCCUGGACUUCCCUUAUUAAACAGCAAUCUCUCUGCGUCUUAACAACUCGCUCUGACACCUCCGUAUCCGCCUCAGAACCGACAGCGCUGUUGAGGAACCCAGCAAUUUACAACAAUGCCCACUCGACUCCCGUCUGAAAACACCACAUCUGUCAUGUCUAUCGUUUGGUGAAUGUUGUGAUCAUUUAGGUUUUUUGUAAACAUUUUAAGAGUUUUAUUUUGAGAUGGUUUCAAUGUCAUGUCAUUGCGGGGAUGCUUCAGUAGAAGGGCAACAGGAAACAGGUUUUGGGUCGUGAGAUUGUUAAAAAUAUGAAGAACGUCUUAUCGUAAGUUCUCAGGCUCUGUAUUUUGUGCGUAAUUGCUUGCACUUGAUUUUUUCAUAAAGCUAACCAGCGCACUACGGAUCUCAGUUAAAGUAGACACUAGAUUUAAUUUGAUGCAAGUUAAUUACAAGAUAUAUGUUCAGUACCCCUCUAUUUUUAGGAUUUGUAUUAUCAUCUUGGUGUUAAAGGAUUACCCCACUUUCAUAUUGGUCAUAAAAAACAAUUUACCCUUAUGGGAUCCAA